UUUCAUUUCACAAUUCGACUGUUCCCGGAACGCAUCUCUUUUUUGUUUCCCAAAAAAUUUAUUUGUCCUCCAAAUCUGAGAUAUUUAAAUUAGAAUUGUUGAAAUUAGGCUACAUCGAAUAAUUUGUGAACAUGUCUAGGAAUUAUGUAUUUUUCAAGGACCUGGACCUGGAGCCUACAUGCUACCCAGCAGUUUCGGACAAAAAGGACCGCAGUUCUCCUUCGGCCGCAGAAUUGACCGCAAGAGAGAUGAAAAACCUGGUCCGGGUCCUGCUGCUUAUAAGGUGGAUAAAGUGACUCGCUACGGAAACGCGGUGGGUCCACAGUUUUCCAUGUAUGUUAGGAACUCCAAGAUGAAGCCCCUUCCCAUUCGAUUAUCCUGAAGAUUCGAUCCUGAUCCCGUAUUUAGUAAUCAAGUUUCUAAAUCGAAUGUUUUAUGAUGUAAAUAGCGGGGAAAUAUGUAAUUGAAUCCAUAAAUAUUUAUAGUAAGCCUUUGAACAUAUCCUUUA